AUAGGCUAUUGGAAAGAAGUUAUGUUCCUUUUCCAAGUUCCCAAAAACACCUAAUAAAUUUGCAGGUUAGGUGUCAUUGUUUACAAAAUAGAAUUUUACAAUAUUUAAUGCUGUUCUAUUUAUAAAUAAACCAAUUUUCAAUGAAUGUAUUGCCACCAUUUUCUUUGGAUAAACCAAACUCCGUACCAGCUUUGCUUUCUUUUUCUGAAAAAGACAAAAAUUCAUCAGAAUCUGUAAAUAAUAAAAUUUGUGAUGAUCCUGAACAAAUCAUUGAAUCUUCUAGCAUAUACAAGAUGUACGCAUUGAGCGAUCAUAACUAUACGAUAAAAAAUCAAAAAUUGUUGCAAAACAGUUUAGAUACCAUUCGCUCCAUGCUUCUUAACGCAGUUUUACCUAAUAGAAUCAUGGUAAAACAUAUUCCAAUUGAGAUACAUAAUUUUAUUGAAAACACAAUAAAUAACUUGAUAUUUUAUAAAAUGGAGUAUCUUCACAUAAAAAGUGAGAAGCUAUCCGAAAGGGAUACCUCUACCAUACAAACAAGUGACUUGGAUACUGAAAAUUUUUUAGAGCCUUUGAAGCUUGAAAUUAUGAACCAAUAUGAUAUUAAUUUUAAACCGAAAAACAGACUAUUACCCAUAUUGCAUGAUACUAUGAAUUUUGCAAAGCAAUUAUUUUAUGACUCCAAAAAUUUUUUAACUAAUUCAGAUGAAGAAUUUAAAGAAUUUAUAUCUAAUAAAUUAAAAAUGCUUAAAGAAAUAUCUGACAGCCUACAAAUUUAUAAAACAAGAAUGGAAAAUUCCGAAAUGACUAAUCUAUCAUUAAUGAGUCGAAACAGAACCAAUUACAAAGCUAAACUUAAACUUCUUUUAGACUCUUCUGAUUCCUCUAGAACUGAUUUUGAUAUAAAAAGUAGCUGUAAUGAAAUAAAUAUAGAAACUUCGUCCGAAAAAAUUUUGAAUUCACAGUUUUUAUCUUCAAAUGAUUUUAUGCAAUAUAAAACCUUAUAUAAGAAUUUUUCCGACGGCAUUGAUCUUUUUAAAUAUAUAAAACUGGAUGUUCAGUUAAAACCCACUGUGCUAAUUUCAGAAAAAUUACGCACCAACGAACGAAAAAAAUCAACUGAUAUUGAGGCGGAUAGAGAUAUUGAAAGGAAUGCAUGAAAGGUCCAGAGAUAAAUUGAAUAGGAUGGUAAGAGGGUAGCAUAGGAUAUCGGAGCAGUGCCUGAGAAUACAGCUCGGACAUUAUCAGGACCAGCAGAAAAUGAGAUAUCCAAGGUUGAAUGAGCAUUAAAAAC